UUGCGGCCAAGUUUGGUACCAACAUGUGAUUGGUCGCGCCAUGGAGCCGUCCGCACCACGUCGCUUCUCGACGACUGCGUACACGAAUUUGCUCCCGAGUGGACAAUCAUUUCCAAUUCGCUACGUUCUGCGGGGAAAAAAGGGAAGAUCGGAACAAUCGUCAACGCGGUUUCCUUCGGCGUCUCCGCCGAGUCGAACACGUCCCGUGUUCCUCCCCCGAUGCCUCCUAUUUUCUGAUCGUUCUACUGCUCGAGAAGGCAGAACUUUUAAUUCUGUGCUAUCCAUCAAUUUAGUGGAGUUUUCGAGAAAUUCGAGAAUUUGAUACUCUCCCACGCCUGUAAUUUCACUCCUAUCUCCUUCAAGGCAGUCUAGCUUGUGUAAGCAAUGCCAACGUUUGAAAUUCACGACGAGGCGUGGUAUCCUUGGAUACUGGGGGGACUCUUUGCACUCUCUCUAGUAACUUACUGGGCUUGUGACCGUAUAACGGCUCCCUAUGGCCGUCAUGUAAAGCGUGGGUGGGGUCCUGCCUGGGGAGUACGUGAGUGCUGGAUUGUGAUGGAGAGUCCUGCUCUAUGGGCAAUGGUUUUGUUCUAUUCUAUGGGUGAGCAAAAGUUGGGUCGUGUACCAUUGAUUCUACUCAGAUUACACCAGGUCCAUUACUUCAACAGGGUACUCAUCUAUCCCAUGCGCAUGAAAGUACGAGGCAAGGGUAUGCCAAUCAUAGUGGCAGCUUGCGCUUUCGCUUUCAACAUUCUCAACAGCUAUGUCCAAGCUCGGUGGCUGUCCAACUAUGGAUCAUACCCCGACUCAUGGCUUACCAGUCCGAAGUUUAUUCUCGGAGCAACUCUGUUUGGGCUGGGAUUUUUGGGCAAUUUUUGGAGCGACUCAUACCUCUUCUCACUGCGGGCAGACGAAGAUGAUAGGAGCUACAAGAUUCCGAAGGCCGGUUUGUUUAAGUUCAUUACAUGUCCGAAUUAUUUUUCGGAGAUGGUAGAAUGGUUGGGAUGGGCCAUCAUGACCUGGUCUCCAGCUGGGCUUGCUUUCUUCAUUUACACCAUAGCUAAUCUGGCCCCUAGAGCUGUAAGCAACCAUCAGUGGUACCUGAGCAAGUUCAAUGACUAUCCCAAAGAGCGAAGAAUUCUUAUACCCUUUGUGUAUUGAUUCUUUUCCAGGUUCACUCUUUUUCUUUCCUUUCUCCUUUACCUUUCAGAGCAUUUGAGAGCGAGAGGUUUUUUUGUUACUCGAUCUAUCCGCCUUUCCCAAGCCAAGAUAUUGAUACCGGUCUGAGAACUCUGUAGAGGAGUCAAUGUCAUAUUCCUCAGCAGCUGUAGAAGCAGAGCACUUCGUAGACGAACUUUGGAUGGUAGCGCACGACCGUCAUCACGCAGGAUAGAAGAAUCAGCAACGCUCCCCUCAGUCAGGGACUAUCAUGUAUAUCUCUAUAAAGCUCAGUGGAAAUUGUAUAGAACUUCUGCAUGGCUUUUGAUGCCAAAACAAACGUUAUUCGUAACUGGUUCUCAAUUUGAACGUCUAUCAAUGGUGGAUGAUGAGUGUGUCAAAAAUAUUUACAGGCAGGUGACAAGAAACCAGUGUACCGUCUAGUUCGGCAAAACAAGCACGCUGGUCAGCUCUGGAUAAUACCGACCAUUGGGUUCAACACAAGAUGAAAUAAGAUCGAUUACAUACUUGGCACAUAGGUUUCCAGAUUUCGUCAAUUAAAAGCUCUGAUGUUGUAGAGCUAAUAAUCUGCAUUGGUUUCUGAAAAACCUUUCUGCCUUGAUGGCAUUUUCCGUGCAGUACGUUCAUGUACGACAUAUUUAACUCCAGACUUCGCAGUGAGAUUUGCAAAUAGAAGUCGAAUCACGUGAACGGUGAGGUUCCGAUGUGAAUGCGGUUCCGUUGAAGUGUGACAAGUUUGUGGUAGGCCUCUUUGCACCUCAAAGAACAUGUAGUCACAGGACACUAUGAUGGCAUUGCAUGCAGGUAA